AUCUCUUGACAGCAUAAUCCACUUGCUUCAGCCUCCCAAAGUGCUGGGAUUAUAGGCAUGAGUCACUGUGCCCGGCCAACAAUAACAUAAUUUUUAAAAACCCAAGGUAUUCAGGCAACUAUCACUAUGAAUAAAACAGUAUCUCACAUCUCAAUAUUAACAUUGAAUGUAAAUGACUUAAAUGCUCCACUUAAAAGAUACAGAAUGGCAGAAUGGACGAAAUUCACCAACCAAGUAUCUGCUGUCUUCAAGAGACUCGCCAAAUGCAUAACGACUCAUAUAAACUUAAGGUAAAGGGGUAGAAAAAGAUAUUCCAUGCAAAUGGAAACCAAAGUGAGCAAGAGUAGCUAUUCUUAUGUCACCCAAACAGACUUCAAAGCAGUGACAGUUAAAAAAGAAAAAAAGGGAUAGCCUCCCGGGUUCCCCAAACCAAUGUCUCCGCCAUCUGCUCUGCAGCACCGCCAUGGCCAAUGUGGAAGACGGCGAGGAACCCUGUGCCUUGGCCUCUCACUCCGGGAGCUCAGGCUCCAAGUCGGGAGAUGACAAGAUGUUCUCCCUCAAGAAGUGGGACGCGGUGGCCAUGUGGAGCUGGGACGUGGAGUGCGAUACGUGUGCCAUCUGCAGGGUCCAGGUGAUGGAUGCCUGUCUUAGAUGUCAAGCUGAAAACAAACAAGAGGACUGUGUUGUGGUCUGGGGAGAAUGUAAUCAUUCCUUCCACAACUGCUGCAUGUCCCUGUGGGUGAAACAGAACAACUGCCCUCUCUGCCAGCAGGACUGGGUGGUUCAAAGAAUUGGCAAAUGAAGUGGUUAGAAGGCUUCUUAGUGCAGUUGUUCAGAGCCCUGGUGGAUCUUGUGCCCUACAAAGAAAGGCUAGAACACUCCAGGGGAUUAAUUCUUCAAAUAGGAGUCGAUGGAUGUGUGGUCCUUUGGGACUCAUCAAAGGCUUUGUUCAGCAUUUUGUCAGUUUGAUUUUCAGAAAUUCUCUGCAAUUAAGAAGAUAAUUUAUUAAAGAUGGUCCUUCCUACCUCUGUGGCGUGUGUCGCACACACAGCUUAGAAGUGCUAUAAAAAUGGAGAGAACUUCAGAUUGAAUCACCUUUAUAAUUUACCCAUUUCUAUACAACCGGCUGUGGAAGCAGUUUCAUUCAGAAAACUUUGCAUGCUUAUGGUUGAUCAGUUAAAAAAGAAUGUUACAGUAACAAAUAAAGUGCAGUUUAAAACCCAA